AUGGCGCCAAAGUUUGACCGGAAGUUGAGUGACUCGCAAGGUGAGGUCAAAGACUUGGAUGAUCCCAGCGAAACGACUCCAGUUCCUAAGGAGAAGAAGGGAGGCAGGAUCACCACGCCUGCAAAGCGGCCAGCAAAGAAGCGUAUCAAGAAAGAUGCUGAGGAGGAGCAACCAGAUGUCCCUUCCGAGAAGCCGAAGCGUGCCAAAAAAGUAAGGGAAGGCCCUUACACAAUCUUCAAAGAGCAGGGCUCUAUUCCUGAGCCUCAGAUGCAGCGGCGAGCUGCAGGAGCUGCAGAUCUGCCGGGAGGCAAAAGUGGUUUCAAUGUCCUGGCCUGGAACGUUGGCAGCCUGAGGGCUUUUCUCAGGACGCGGGUAGCGGACCUGCAGGAAGCGGUGAAGCAGGGAGCACCGCACGUGCUUGGGAUCAUUGAGCACAAACUCCAGGAGGGCACGGCCGACACAGAGGGGGCUUUGGGGGAGCUCUCCAAGGCACUCCCGGACUACAGGCUCGCUUGUGUGAACUACUCCACUGUCAAGAAAGGCUACUCAGGUACGCUGGUGAUGCUUCACAAAGAGGUGCCCGAACCGAUGAGUGUUGCGGCUGAGGAUUUGCCCUCUGCCGCUGCGGAGGGCCGGCUAGUUGUGUGCGAGUUCAAUUCUCUUUUCGUGGUGCUAUGUUAUGUCCCGAACUCUGGCGAUGGGCUCAAACGUUUGAGCGAGCGUAUUGAGAAAUGGGAUCCUCAACUGCGUGAACGAUUGCGCGAUCUUGCUCAGAAGAAGAGUGUGGUACUGAUGGGAGACCUCAACGUGGCCCACCAAGACAAAGAUAUUUGGAACGUGGAAGCACCCCAUGUUCCAAAAAGUGCUGGGCUAACGCCUGAAGAACGUGAAUCCUUUUCUAAGCUACUGGAGAGCGGCUUCAAGGAUGGCUUUGCCUUGCAUCACCCUGAGGCACUAGGUGCCUUUACCUACUGGAGCAUCCGUGCUGGCAAUCGGAAGACCAACAGAGGCCUUCGGCUGGAUUAUGUGUUGGUUUCUGAUGGCAUGGCUGGGGAGAGAGAGGAUGGGCCUAUGCUCUGGGAUGUUUUCCACUUGCCUUCUGUGGCAACGGGUGAUCACUGCCCAGUCGGUGCAGUGAUUGCUGUGUGA